GGAUCGCAGCGCGCAUGCGCGAUAACUCGCGGCAAGAACCUCGUUGGCAGUAUCCUCCCACGCGCCUGGAACGUCCGUACGUUUUCGCGCAUGCGCGUCUGAAUUUAUGUCACGGCACAAAACUGGCGCUAUAUCGUUUCCAGCUCGACUCCGGUGGUUGGUUGCCUAAGCGAUGGAUGGAGAGUUGGAGCCCAAGACAGAUGUGGAGGAGGGAUUAACCAAGGAGGAUGAGUCCAUGGAAACCGCACCAUCAACAGAAGUAUGCUCAGAUGGGCAGUGCCAAGGAACCGAUGUCAUGACAACAGAUGCAUCCAAGGCUCCAGAGGAUAACGAUGACGACGUUGUGCUGGUGGAGGGGCCUCAGUUUCAGGAGGAGAAAAAUGCAGGAAGCCCCUCUAGCAACCCUGCACCUGCUGAGACCACAGACAGUGCAGAGCCAGCCACCACAGCAACAGCCUCCUCCAACACUCCUUCUCCUUCCUCCUCCACAGCUGAAUCAACCAUGGCUCCCAAAAGCCAGACUGAGCCCAUUGUUAUAGAUGACGAAGAAGAUUCUGUGCAAAGAGAUGCUUCCCCCUCCUCGCUGGCAUCGAGUCGGACCAGGGAAGCGCUAAGCAGCACUGAACCAGACUCGGAAAUCAAAAUCGCCAGCGUCACAACUCUGGGAGGGUUGUGUUCAUCAGAGGUGGCCAUAUCGACAUCAGCAGAGGCAUCCACAACACCAUCUGACGAGGAAAGCAUGAACCUCAAAAUCACAAGUGUGACAUCGUUGAAGGGCAGUGAGGAAGCAGAGGCUGGUGGAGAGAUGGAAACUACAGAGAACGGCUUGCAGAUCAGCAGCACAUUCAGCCUAAACCCAGAGGCUCAGCAGAGUCAAGGGUCAGCCAGCAAACCUUCACCAACUUUCAACCCAGGACGUGUUAAUUCUGCUACCCAGCCCGUUCAAAACGGCGAGACAGGGACUCACCAGAGAUCUGAUUCCUGGAUCUCUCAGUCUGCAUCUUUUCCCCGCAAUCAGAAGCAGCCAGGGGUGGACUCUCCCUCUCCUACAGCAUCACUUCCCAAAGCACCAGGCCAGUCUUCCUCCGGCUCCCAGCAGCCACCGCGCACUAUGAAGGUCACCUGUGCUAACUGUAAAAAGCCUUUAAAGAAAGGUCAGACUGCUUAUCAGCGCAAAGGCUCCUCCCACCUGUUCUGCUCUACGACCUGCCUUUCUGCCUUCUCCCACAAACCCACACCCAAAAAGAGCUGCACCAUGUGCAAGAAGGACAUUACUAGUAUGAAAGGAACAAUUGUGGCUCAGGUGGACUCGAGCGAAUCAUUUCAGGAGUUCUGCAGCACCGGUUGUCUGGCUGCGUAUGAAAAUAAACAAAAUUCCCCGAAGAACACCCUCAAAACAAAGUGUACUGUCUGUGGAAAGCUCACAGAGAUUCGCCAUGAAGUCAGCUUCAAAAACAUCACGCAUAAAAUCUGCAGUGAUGCCUGUUUUAACCGUUACCGUAUGGCUAAUGGCCUGAUCAUGAACUGUUGUGAGCAGUGUGGGAACUACCUGCCCAGUCGGGCCACAGCGAAUCACUUCUUACUAAUUGAUGGGCAGCAGAAACGGUUCUGUUGUCAGAACUGUGUCAGGGACUACAAACAGAUGCAUGGAAAGAUGACACAGUGUAGUGGAUGUAAGGUCAUGUGCAGGUCUUUUGAUGUUACUCAUGGUAUUGGACCCACUGGAGUCAUGGAGCCUUAUUGUUCUUCGUCCUGUAUGAAUAAAAGCAAAAUUGCAUCUGCUUCACAAAUUGCUGAGCCUUCCUGUCAUUUCUGUAAGAGAAAUGCAUUACCUCAGUAUCAGGCAACGCUACCUGAAGGGAAGGUCUUAAACUUCUGCAGCUCUCAGUGUGUCACCAAAUUCCAGAAUGCCACUAUACAAACGUCAGCCAACGGCCAGCUUCCUGCCUCAGCUUCCAGUAAUGUCCAACUGAAAUGCAACUACUGCCGUGGGUCCUUUAGCCUGAAACCAGAGAUUUUGGAGUGGGAGGAAAAAAUGUACCAGUUUUGCAGUAAGACGUGUUGUGAGGACUAUAAGAAGCUCCAUUGUAUUGUGACUUUCUGCGAGUAUUGCCAGGAAGAGAAGACACUUCAUGAGACUGUCAAGUUUUCAGGGGUCAAAAGGCCUUUCUGCAGUGAAGGUUGCAAGCUGUUGUACAAGCAGGACUUUAUACACCGUCUGGGCCUCAAAUGCGUCACCUGCAACCACUGCACUCAGAUGUGCAAAAAAUCUGUUACCAAACAGAUAGAUGGUGUCAGCAGAGACUUCUGCAGUGAACCUUGUGCUAAGAAGUUUCAUGACUGGUACUACAAGGCGGCGCGCUGUGACUGCUGUAAAGUGCAGGGGAACUUGACAGAGUCUGUCCAGUGGCGUGCUGAGAUGAAACACUUCUGUGAUCAAGAGUGUCUCCUCCGUUUCUACUGCCAGCAAAAUCAGCCCAAUAUGGCAACUCAGAAAGGGCCAGAAAACACAGCAUUCGGACAGACACAUGCAUCAAAGUUAACUCUGGUUAAUCAGGGUCCUGUGUCAUAUGCUGGAGGAGGGAUUGUUAAGGAUGUGAAGAAUAAAGCCGUUCUUUGUAAACCUCUCACCAUGACUAAAGCCACGUACUGCAAACCUCAUAUGCAGAGCAAGCCACUGCAAACAGAAGAAGAUGGCUUGGAGGGUUUGAUAAAGGAGUAUGUCCCUGUUCCGAUUCCUGUUCCUGUGUAUGUUCCAGUACCCAUGAAUCUCUAUGCUCAGGCCACACCUACCACUGUUCCAAUACCUGUACCUGUACCCGUGCCAGUGUUUCUACCCACCACACUGCAGAGUGCUGAGCAUAUUGUGAAGGCCAUAGAUGAGCUCAAAGCCAAGGUUCCCAGUGAUCCUCUUGAAGCUGAUCUGAUAGCUAUGGCUGAAAUGAUUGCAGAGGAAGAUAAGAAACCUGACUGUUUAGAUAUCAAAUGUGAGAAGGAGAGUACAGAGGUUAAAAAGGAGAGAGUGAAUAGCACCAGUGUUGGUAGCAGUUCAGAAGAAGAGGAAGAGGAAGACAAGUAUGAACCCGAGCUGGACCUGGAAAAAGAUCUUCCUCAAGCCUCAGAGCCUGUGCCCACUUUAGAGGGGAUGGACACAGACAUGGGUUUCACAUUACCACCCGUCCUCACUGAAGAGCGAGAGGAGACAUCUUGGACCAGAACACGGAGGAAGGGUAUCAAGAGGCGGGCCAUAGAAGAGGAAACUCCUAUGGAGUCAUCUUCAACAGCAGAGCCUUUUGCAACAAAUUCCUCCUUCCCCCUGAGCUCCAGGUAUGGCCUGAAUGCCUGGAAGAGAUGGGCUACAUCAUCAGCUGCAAAGUCCAGUGAUGUAAAAGAGAAAGUUGCCUGCAAACAAGUGACUCCAUCUCGGGUGAAAAGCAGUCUCAUUUCUCUGAGUGCAGCAGAUCUGAACAAUUCUCUAACUCAGUUUGUCAGAGAGGUGCGUCGGCCCAAUGGUGAGCGCUACGCUCCAGACAGCAUUCUCUACCUUUGCCUCAGCAUACAGAAGUAUUUGCAGGAAAAAGGGAGGACAGACGACCUGCUUAAUGAUCCUUGCUACAGUGCAUUUGAGGAGGAACUUAACAAGGUUCUCAAAGGCUGGCAGCCCACCGUUCUUCCUGAUGGCUCUCUCUGGGGUCGUGUAGAGGAGCCAUGCCUGUGGAGCAGCAAACAGCUAGGAGAACAUUCCCCCUCAGUUCUCCUGCGCUCUCUUUUCUAUCUCAACACAAAAUACUUUGGCCUGCGCACCGUCGAACAGCACACACGCCUCUCUUUUGGUAACGUCUACGGGCCCAGCACUUCUAAGCCUCACAAUCACGACACCACUGUCUGUAUUUGCAUCCCUUCCAUCUCACAGGAUCAGCACGAACCAACAACUAGCAAGAGAAGGCGUAAGGAUUCGAACUUUGAUCACAGCAGUGGUUCGGGAGACUCUACUCACUGUCCUGUUAAGAAGCACGAGUGCCGACUUUAUGAACUCUAUUUGUCUAAGUGCCCUGAGUCCGUGAGGCAGAGGACAGAUUUCUUUUAUGUGAAGCCAGAGAUUGACUCUACGUUUGACAGUCCUGUGUGGUUCAGUUCAAGUCCUCUAGAAAAGUGUGUGCUGGAGAGUUUACUAACUCAAGUCCUUCUGGUGAGGGAUAUCUACAGAGAGCGCAGCCAUGAGGAGGAGGGAAUUUAGGAAAAGAGGAACUGAGGCCUUGUAUGCCACCAUAGCUCCCUCUGCAUUACCUGUCACGUUCCCUUUAAAUACACUGAUCCCAUUACAGUUAUAAGCAAAGCGAAUACUGUAUGUCAGGACUUGAAGGGUUUAUGGCUUAAUACUGAUUUCUAAAUCAGUGUUUCCAGAAGACUUGGUCUGGUGAUUGGUGCUUUACAUGAAAAGCAACCCACAGACUGCUGCUUUUUCUUCUUUUUUGUAAAUUUUUUUUGUUGUUUUUCAUUUGUUAGGAAAUUGUGUGUAUGUGAUGUAGCAUUAUCUACGAUGCCCAGAUUGGGCUGCUGUGGUCUGUAAAUAUUUCUGAAAAUAUUGUUAGAGAGAGGUGAAGUGUGUCGAAAACAAAAACCGUUGAAAUACUAUAGAUGAAUAAAAUGAAAGAACUCAUCCUCAAUACGAAUCCAACAUGCCUUCUCAAGAGAAAAUGUUUAUUUAUUGCAGUUUGUGAAUUAAUGGAGUCCUUAUGACAGGACUCUGUGUGUGUGUGUGUGUGUGUGUGUGUGUGUGUGUGUGUGUGCGCGUGCUAUGCCAUUUCUCUCACAUUCAUUAAGAGCAUUAAAAGCCUGCUGCAGCCGU